UUCCCGGAGGGUCCACAUGGGUCGGGCCGGGCGCGCUCCCGUGCAGCCGGCUCCGGCCCGGACCGCCCCAUGCGCUCUCCCUCCCGGCCCUGGCGCAGGCGCAGGCGCGGGCACACGCGCCGCCGCCCGCCGGUCCUUCCCUUCGGCGGAGGUGGGGGAAGGAGGAGUCAUCCCGUUUAACCCUGGACUCCCCGAACUCUCCUUAAUUUGCUAAAUUUGCGGCUUGCUAAUUCUUCCUCCUUUCUCUUCCCUUCCUUCCUUCUGGCUCACUCCCUGCCCCGAUAGCAAAGUCUGGUUUAUAUUCAAUGCAAAUUGGAGCAAACCCUACCCUUCACCUCUCUCCCGCCACCCCCUAUCUUUCUACAUUGCUUUCCAUCGAACUCUGCAAAUUUUGCAAUAGGGGGAGGGAUUUUUAAAAUUGCAUUUGCAAAGUUCGGUGUCUGGGCUGGCGAGUGGGGGAGGAAGGGAAUGGGGAGUAGGCCCCGCCCCUACCGUCCUUUGCAAAUAAAAAUCUAGCGGGGCGGGGGGGGAGGAGCAGGAAGUGGCGGUGCGAGGGCUGCUGCACAGCGAGCAGAGCCGCGGUCCGGACGGCAGCGCGUGUCUCGAGCUCUCCGCCUCCCCCCGCCCGCCAGCCGAGGCAGCUCGAGCCCAGCCCGCGGCCCCAGCAGCAGCGCCGAGAGCAGCCCCAGUAGCAGCGCCAUGGCCGGGUGGAACGCCUACAUCGACAACCUCAUGGCGGACGGGACCUGUCAGGACGCGGCCAUCGUGGGUUACAAGGACUCGCCCUCCGUCUGGGCCGCCGUCCCCGGGAAAACCUUCGUCAACAUCACGCCAGCUGAGGUGGGUGUCCUGGUUGGCAAAGACCGGUCAAGUUUUUACGUCAAUGGGCUGACACUUGGGGGCCAGAAAUGUUCGGUGAUCCGGGACUCACUGCUGCAGGAUGGGGAGUUUAGCAUGGAUCUUCGUACCAAGAGCACCGGUGGGGCCCCCACCUUCAAUGUCACUGUCACCAAGACUGACAAGACGCUAGUCCUGCUGAUGGGCAAAGAAGGUGUCCACGGUGGUUUGAUCAACAAGAAAUGUUAUGAAAUGGCCUCCCACCUUCGGCGCUCCCAGUACUGACCUCGUCUGUCCCUUCCCCUUCACCGCUCCCCACAGCUUUGCACCCCUUUCCUCCCCCAUACACACAUACACCAUUUUAUUUUUUGGGCCAUUACCCCAUACCCCUUAUUGCUGCCAAAACCACAUGGGCUGGGGACCAGGGCUGGAUGGACAGACACCUCCCCCUACCCAUACCCCUCCUGUGUGUAGUUGGAAAACUUUUUUGUUUUUUGGGUUUUGUUUUUUUUUUUUCUGAAUAAAAAAGAUUCUAACAA